GUCUGACGUUGGGAGUAGGUGGAGAGGAGGUAGGAGGACCGUGGAGGAGGUGGGGACGAGGAGGAGGGGGGGCUGCUCACUCAUUGUUACGUUACUAAUCUCGAGGAGCGGAGGAGACCCCGUUGCUGCACGUGAAUCCGGACGCGACAAUCAGGUAUUUUUGCAGACUGAAUAUCACAAUAUUCUGCAAAGCGUCAGCUGAGGCAGUCAUUUGAAGUAGCAGCAUCCUCAAAGCAGCACAGCAUCUCUCAGGUGAUGGAGGUCUUCUGACUCUGCUGCUAGAGUUGCCACGGCGAUGGAUGCGGCCUCCUUCGACAACCGCUAUGUUAGACACACUGCUGACGCGUGACCCGACCAGGACGAGACCAGACCAGACGGACCGCCUGUAGGCGCCCGAGUCCCUUCUCUGAGCCUGAUGCUAGCGGCGCUCAGCCCCUCCGUCGUACACGCCGUGCUCUGAUCCCUCCUUCUUCCCGGAUCCAGUCAUGGAUCUGCUGUGGGCGCUGGCGGUGUCCAUGCUCACGGCGUGCGUCGCCAUCCCAAUGGACGCAGCGGCGGGAAGCCACAGUCUGUUCACCUGUGAGCCCAUCACCCUGCGCAUGUGUCAGGGGCUGCCCUACAACUCAACCUUCAUGCCCAACAUGCUGAACCAUUACGACCAGCAAACCGCUGCUCUCGCCAUGGAGCCGUUCCACCCCAUGGUGAACCUGCGCUGCUCCCCGGAGCUGCGCAUGUUCCUGUGCGCCCUCUACGCCCCGCUGUGCACCGAGUACGGCCGCAUGACGCUGCCCUGCCGCCGCCUCUGCCUCCAGGCCAGGAGCGACUGCUACAAGCUGAUGGAGGUGUUUGGCGUGGGCUGGCCGGAGGAGAUGGACUGUAACAGGUUCCCAGACUGCGACGAGCCCUACCCGCGCGCCGUCGACCUGCUGUCCGGCUCCGACGCCACCGACUCCCCCGUCGCCGUCCAGAGGGACUACGGCUUCUGGUGCCCGCGGGAGCUCAAGAUCGACCCGGAGCUCGGCUACUCCUUCCUGGGGGUGCGCGACUGCUCGCCCCCCUGCCCCAACAUGUACUUCACCCGGGAGGAGCUGGUGUUCGCCCGCUACUUCAUCGGGGUGGUGUCCAUCGUCUGCCUGUCGGCGACCCUCUUCACCUUCCUCACGUUCCUCAUCGACGUGUCGCGCUUCCGCUACCCAGAGCGCCCCAUUAUCUUCUACGCCGUGUGCUACAUGAUGGUGUCCCUGGUCUUCUUCCUGGGCUUCCUGCUGGAGGACAGGGUUUCCUGCAACGCCGCCAGUUUGGGGAGGUUCAGAGCUUCAACUGUGACUCAAGGCUCCCACAAUAAGGCCUGCACGCUGCUCUUCAUGGUGCUGUAUUUCUUCACCAUGGCCGGCAGCGUGUGGUGGGUCAUCCUCACCAUCACCUGGUUCCUGGCUGCCGUCCCUAAGUGGGGCAGCGAGGCCAUAGAGAAGAAGGCGCUCCUCUUCCACGCCUGUGCCUGGGGCGUCCCUGGGGUCCUCACUGUCACCUUGCUGGCCAUGAAUAAGAUCGAGGGCGACAGCGUCAGUGGCGUUUGCUUCGUGGGGCUCUACAACCUGAUGGCGCUGCGUUGGUUCCUGCUGGUCCCACUGGGACUGGAUGUAGUGGUGGGCGUGGCCCUGCUGCUGGCGGGCAUCGCGGCCCUCAACAGGGUGCGCAUGGAGAUCCCGCUGGAGAAGGAGAACCAGGAGAAACUGGUGAAGUUCAUGAUUCGGAUCGGCGUGUUCUCCGUGCUGUACCUGGUGCCUCUGCUGACCGUGCUGGGCUGCUACCUGUACGAGAACAGCUACAGAACCAUCUGGGAGACAACUUGGGUCCAGGAAAAGUGCAGAGACUACCACAUCCCCUGUCCCUACCAGGUGGAGAAAACAAGUCGCCCGGACCUCGUCCUGUUCCUCAUCAAGUACCUGAUGAUGCUGAUCGUAGGAACUCCCUCAGUGUUCUGGGUCGGUAGCAAGAAGACGUGCUUCGAGUGGGCCAGCUUCUUCCACGGCAAGAGACGCAAGGAUGCUAUGGUCAAUGAGAGCAGACAGGUGCUGCAGGAGCCCGACUUCACGCAGCUGCUGCUCAGGGACCCUAACACGCCCAUCGUGAGGAAGUCGCGGGGCACAUCCACGCAGGGAACCUCCACCCACGCCUCCUCCACACACCUGGCCAUGCUGGACGAGCCUCCCAGCGCCAGCACCAGCCGAGCCGGCUCAGUGCGCAGCGCACGCUCCAAGAUGAGCAGUUACCACGGCAGCCUGCACCGCUCCAGAGACGGCAGAUACACGGCCUCCAGUUUCCGGGCUGUAGACGACCAUCUGCCCUACGGCAGCAUGCCCCGCCUCAACGAGCAGGCCCAGUCCAGGCACUGCAGCACCACUCGCCUGGACAGCCUGUCGCGACACGGCUCCACCCAGCGCCUCGAGAGCCCGUCGCGGCACAGCAGCAUCAGGGACCUGAGCGGCGGCACCCAAGCUGUUCUGGGCGUCCGUGGAAACGGGAUUCACCGAGUCCUGGAGGAGGACGGUGCCACAGCCUGAUCGGACUUGUAAAGCUCCUUUCCUGGAUGCAGCAGAUGAUGUGACUGCUCGGGUGGAAAAAUGGAUUUUCCUGCAAGCUUAAAGAAUGUGAGGAUCCACUGGACAUUUGACAGAACCACUGUGGAAUCCACUGUGGCUUGAAUCAGCUCUAAGGUGAAGAAGCACAACAUGACACCGCCAAACAAGGGCUCCUGACAAGUGAAGAGCACUGUGUGGAUUUCUGCCUUAACUUGUUUUCUCAGCUUUACAUAAUCUAAUUACUAGGUGAUCCCAAAAACUGGAGCUCAGAAUGAUUUUAGUUAGCCUUAAAAGUACUGGAUCAUCUUGGUGAAACACUGGAAAAUAACUAGGCCUCACUGUUGGACCUACAGUACCUCACUGACAGACUGCACUGGCUCGCUCUGUACACGUACUGUAAAUGUUGUAUAAAGGACUUGAUGAAGGAUUUAAGACUUUAUGAGGUGGUGAAAACGGCACCAGCCAGAAGAGAAGGUGGAAGCAGGGUUUUGUUAUUUGCUGGCAACUAUAUUUGCCCAGUUUUGCACCUCCUCAGCCUCUGAUGCCCAAAAUAUUCCCCUUGUAAGCUGUGAAGCGGUUUAGUGACUCUUAUAACAGACUGAAAACACACAUGGCGGCACAGUGCUGUAGUGGUUAGCGACUCCAGGUGCCAUAUUGUGUUCAGCGAUUCAUGUGUUGAGAAAACGUGCCAGAGCCUGGAGCAACCGAGCCAAGUUCAAACUCCUGCCUUAUAAUUGAUGUUGAAUCAGAACACAGUGUGAUAAAUGUUAUAAACCUGUGCUGGUUUGAUGAGCUGAACACAUUUACACUCAAAUUUCAUGGCAGAUUCAAGUUGUGAAUAGUUAGUGUGACGAUGUGGCCUGUGUAGCUACUGUAGUGAUUAACAUUUGUGCAUAGAUGUCCUCAUUUGUAAUAAAUCUUAAACAAAACAAAUAAUGUUUUUCAUCAGAAGAAAUGACCACACAGAAACACUCUGGUGUUUAAUUGUAACAGCCCUCCGCUUUAUUGAAAUACACCGGAGUCAGGUUAAUAUGAUUUCUCCACGAGUGUGGCAGCCAGUUCCAUACAUUAUUUUUGUUUUGACCUUACACCUUAAAUAUUUUUUGUGCAAAAAAGAAUCUACAACACCUGUAGUGGGUUAUCCUCAGUAAAACGCCCAAACCUUUCAAAAAAAGGAGCAAGUCCAAGAAACAACAAACCAAAAAUCAAAAAUGAUUACAUCUAUAACAUGCAAAACUGUACAAAUUAUUACAAAGCAAUCCUAGAAAAAAAGUGUAAUAUGAUAUGAAAGAGCAAAAUAAUAUAGAAGGUAUUGAAGAUAAGACCUCACUGAAAUGCAAAGGCAUUUUAUUCAUAAUUUUUUUAGUUUUUCUUUCUUUAAAUGUUUCCACUGUGGCACCUCACUAUUCAAACCUCUUCACACCAUUCACCCCUCAAACAUUUGAUCAGUUUCUAUCAUUUCACCACAGCCAGGGUUCCCUCCCUCCCUCCUCCAUCCAAACAAACAAACAAGACAUUCUCAUCUAAAUGAAAUAAUUCAUUGGUUCUGACAUUUCCUGAGUUUCUUCGGCCCUUUCCUCAAACUGGGAUAUCUGGGAUCACUUUUUCUGUACAAUAUUGGCCAAUAAUAAAACGGUUUAACACCCAGCUAAUACAUUCUACAGUAACUCCAGUAGGAACUGAGGAAACGCAAAAAAAUAAAAUAAAGGGAAACAAACUGCUGAGGUGGCUAUUUGGAAUAAAACCAGCUUAGGCCCACUGUGGCGCUUCAAACAUCAUCUAUUUAUAUAAAAUGGAAUUUAAAAAAACAACAACAUGUGGAAUGGAUGUUCAGAGCUGCAACAGGAAUGGACCCCAAAAUACUAGGAAGGUUUUGUUUCCCUUUCCAGUGGAAUCAUGGAGAACCCAGGAUACUGUACUUUCAGUUUCUCUGCUAAAACACUGCGCUGUCACCAGUAAGAGUUAUAACAGUUCAGGACGUGCAUUCGUCUCAGAUAGCAGCACAUCAUACUGUUACAGUCAGCCCUGAUCACAUUAUUCCGCUUUAGUUUUCUGGAGGAUUCCUGGUGUAAUGAAAAGGCUUUUGGCGCCAUCUGCAAACGGCUAACGGGUUUGUGACUGUGAACCGUCCUGCUCUGCAGCCAAGAGCCGCCUUUUUUUCAAUCCUACCAGAGAAGUAACUGACCAGAGAGUCUUAAUUUCACACUCAACGGCAGCGCUGAGGUUCUUUCGUCUGCGACCAAUGAGCUGGCUUUCUCACAACCUCCUAGUGUUUUUUUAAAUAAAGAUAUUUUAAAAGAAGCUUCCAAAACAUUACUCAGAAUAAGCGAAGGCCGUGAGAAAGACACUAUGUGACAACGUCUCCCCUCUUUUUUUUUUUUUUUUUUUUUUUUUUUUGGUUAAACAGAGCUGAUCCAGGUACCACAGCCAACUUGGAAACCAGUAACGAUGAAUAAAUGAUCAGAGCCUUUUGACCUCAGAGGAGGAGCAGGACAAGGCAUUUGCUGCAUCAAAAAAAAAAAAAAAACACCACCUCGGUCCGUGUGUAGAUACGUGUGGGACCGGUGGCUUGUGAUGAAUGCACGUUCACUACAAUACAGCCAGUAGUGUUGAUGCAUGCAAGGGUUUUCUUUGCAUCAACACAGAAUGUGGAAAAAAAACACACACACAAAAUGUGUCAUACAUACAAUAAAAUACUAAGUAAAAUCAACGGGUUAAAAAAAAAAAGUGAUUUAAAAUGGCUUUUUGUGUGAAAACAACCCAAAUUCACACUCAAAACAAAUAAGCAAGCUUCUUUUCGUUCCCAUGUAGCUUCUAUAGUAUUUUCCUUAUCAUAUAUUACUCUCUACGUUGAACCUAUGUACAUUAUUGUGAUGGAAGUCGGUCGGUUUGGUCGCACAGCAAAGUGGGAACGACAACGCUACAAUGGAGGACACGUCCAGGAAGCAACUGCUGGAUGAUGUCACUUGCGCUGGACCAAUGAGGAAGAGAAGAAGGAGCUGCGGCGAUGCCCUACGAGGUGUUAUCAUUAUUAAUGCUGUCUUUAGCUUUUUGCUGAUGGUCAAAGUAAAAAAAAUAUUAUAAAGUCACUGCACUUAGUAUCAGGGGCAAAAAUAAUAAAAAGAUAAUAUGCUGACCUCUUUUUUUGUACACGUGUGCACCUACAGAGAACGCAACCAAGGGAAGCGGAGGGGGCGGGGUUUAAACUCCACCCAUGAAGAAGCAAACUUCCCUUUCGUGGUCUAAGACUGAUAAAUAAAUUAAAAUGUUGUCCCCUAAAUCCCAAAGGGUCUUAUGUACACGUAGAAAGUGUUUUCUCUCGAUAAUAAUCCUCUUCUCAGUUCGUUGCAUGGUGAGCUUUUCAGUCGGAACGGAUCUCUACAGGGGCCGCGGACAGAGGAGAGACGGGACGAUUUCAUUCCUAUAUCAUAUGCCCUUUGUGGAAAAUCACAUGCACACACGCUAGGGAGCGAACGCGCACACACACACACACACACACACACACACACACACACACACACACACACACACACACACACACACACACACACACACACACACACACACACACAC